UGGAAAAUGCGUGACAGGAAAAGUUACUUUUAUUGAGUAUUAUAAUGGAUUCUAGUAAUAUGUCUCAGGAGGACAUUCCCUCAGUUGUGGAAAAAUUUCGGAGUCCAUAUGAGAGCCAAGUAGAAUGGGACCUAAGAAGAGCUUUUAUGAUAGCUAACUAUGGUACAGUCAGCAUGGAGUCCUUAGUGUGCCUAGCCAAUUGUUAUUUAAAUGUUGAGAUGUAUGGAUGUAGGUAUCCCAAGUUAGUUAUGGAUAAAAUCAAAGAAAUGAGUAGUGAACUGAACUCUCACAACUCCAAUAAAACAGAGAAUGCACCAAAGAGAAUAAAGGGUUUAGAGACUGUCAAGUUUGUUAAACAAUCAGAAGCACAACCUGUUAAAAAACAGACUGUGAAACCUUCUUUAGGCAGUGAACCUAGUGCUAAAGGGAAAACAACCAACAAAACAUCUGUUGCUUCAUCAGGGAAACCCCAAAACCAGGCUACAAAUUCAAACAGUACCCCUAAGGCAGCUAGCAAAAAGACUGUUGCACCAAGUUUUCACUUUGUGAGAGCAAGCACAGAAUUUCACAGCACAGAUGUGGCCACAGAAAGUGUGAAACAGAAAAUGAGAGAGGAUUUUCUUGAGAGUUGUCAACCACAGCCUGUAGUACAUCCACAAUUGAGUGCACAGAAUUCUCAACAGAAAACAGGAUUAGGGUUCUCUAAGAAGGGUAAAUCCCCAAAUGUUGUAGGUCCAGAAAUUCCAACCAACUCAUUCAUAAGUGAAGAAGAGAAUCAGUUUCAUGCAUUUGCCAAUCAUUAUGCCACUUAUAAGAAGAACCAUUCACAGCGAUCCCCUGUGGACAUUUUUCACAUGGUUGCUACAAAAACUAGGAUGAAGAUCGACACGCAAUUCAGUGAUGUAUCUGUUAAAGGAAAACCUAAGUUUGUCUGCACUGUUAUCAUUGACAAUAUAGAAGUAGCCACAGGGGAAGAUUCCAAUAAAAAGGGUGCUAAAAACAAAGCCUUCGAAAUUGGACAAGAAAAACUGUCAAGGAAAUACCUCAAAGUAGUGAGAGUUAACCCUGAGAAACAGGAACUUCAGGCUUUUGAUGAGGAACCGAAAAGUGAACCAGGUUUUAUAGCUGAAGAACCAGUUGCAGUGGCACCCAAACCUGGACACCGUAAGAGAAAAGAAAGUGAACUCCAUGGUGAUUUAACAAGGUUCAUCAUCUUCGAGAGAUCAAACAUGGAUCAGAAUGCCAUAUCUAUUCUACAAAACAGUGCUGCUAUGAACCAUGCUAAUCUAGAAUAUGAUUUUCAUGUGGAUAUGUCAGGGACACGUUGCAGGGUGCUGUUAGAGGGGCAUAAUCUGGUGGAGUAUAUGGGAACCACAAAAGCUACGUCCAAAUCUAUUGCUUCCGAGAAGGCUCUAGAAAGAUUGAGGCAGAUCUGUUAUACCAUCAAAAUCAAGCAAGCAGUAGAUUCCAGUGAGAGCGAUGUUGGACGAGAUGAGGUGAUGGGAGAAAUUCAGAAACAGGUUUCAGCCAUCCCUGAUGACAACAUAGGCAGCCGCUUGCUCAAGAAGAUGGGCUGGACAGGAGGAGGAGUUGGAGCAGAGGGAAACAAGGGAUUGGCUGAACCUGUGGCUGUCACCUUGACUAACCACACCCUUCUCAACAGACAGGGACUGGGACUACAUGGUGACCAUGCCAAAGCCAUGGUAGACUUCAAAAAGAAAAUCACAGAAGUGAUAGACAAUUAUGCCAAGUCGGACAAGCAGGAAGACCUAGCAUUUGCCCCUGAGUUCAGCAAGGAAGAAAGGGCCUUCAUCCAUCAAUAUUCUCAAAAGCUGGGACUGAAAACUCAGAGUAGAGGUUCAGGUAAUGAGAGAUAUUUAACCAUUUCUCGCAAAAGAAGUGUCUCACAAUUGUUUGACCAUAUCAUGGAAGAAGGGGGGUCUACACAGAAGUAUGAGCUUAUUGCUCCAUUGUACGACUCGUAAAGAUCAUGAAAAUCAUUGCUAAAUCCCUUGAAUGACUUUUUUGUGCCAUUUUUGUUUCAUGUUUGCAUAUUUACGGAGUUGAUAGUGAAUAUUCCCUGAAUUUAAUUAAAAAAUAACUUGGACAUUGUUAUACAUACAUGUAUGUAGGCUUUUAUUUUUUUGUCAAAGUUCUUUCUUAGUGACAGAGGAAUAGGUAUAUCUAUACUUAUAAUGUUAGUUGACAGUAACAGUAAUAUUAGAGAUCAUGCAUGUCAUAUGACUGUAGAAAAAUGCCAACCACUAUUUUAUUUCCUUUGAGGUAUUCUCCUCUGAGGUAAAAUUCUUAAAAGUUUGUAUUUAUUGUGUUGUUUUGUUUGUUUGUAUUAUAAUUGCAAUAUUUUUCCUAGAAUGAAAGAAUGGUUUUAUUUCAAUAAAGGAGCUUGUCAUAUUUCUUAUAUAUAUCUAAAUUUUUA